ACCUAUUACUCCUUAUACGCGAUGCAGAAGUCAGGCAUAAGUCCUUUGCAAGCUGGAAGACUUGGACAGCUGCGAUAGCCCAGUAAAUCCGAAUAUUGUCGAAUAUUCCCUCCAUUUACCUAGGAAAGUCUACUUCGCCUUGGAAGACUUGUAGGAAGCGCCUCUUGCAGAAGAGACUAGUCAAUGACCUCACGACUCGUGCCCCCAUACGACACUUUAUGUUACACUGUUACUCAGCAUCACCACCACGACCAUUCCACCGUUGAUAUUAUUCCAAGAUCGAUAUUGGGAAAAUCAAAGUUCCAUCUACCCUGAGUUCCGUUCUCGUCAGCAACUCGGACAAAAUGUCGGUGAAAACUAAGAGGAAGGUUGUAAUUAUCGGCGCAGGAGCUGCAGGAAUGUCAUGCGCAGCAACUCUUGCCCAGCAUCCCGAGAAUUUCGAAGUUACAAUCAUAGAACGUAAUGAAGUUACAGGAGGCCAGGCAACGUCAAUUUCUAUAGAUGAAGGGAAGUAUGGUGCAGGGUGGAUAAAUGACGGUGUCCAAGGAGGCUCUCCAGUAGUUUCAAUACUCCUUGAGAUAUCGCUCUCGUGCUAAUUCUGUCCAGAUAUUCAAACACACCUUCAACUUCUUCAAGAAGUAUGGCCAUGAGCCCCAGGAGGUCAAGUUGCAGGUGGCUUUCGGUAAGGGUCCUGAUGGAUUCUGGACCAAUUGCUUCCCAAGCAACCUCAUCAAUCAGUUUUCCGGUGACAUUAAAAAAUUCGGCAAAGUCCUCAAACUCAUCAAAUGGACUAUGCCACUCCUUGGUCUGGUUCCGAUUCGUAUCAUGCUCCGCAUGUUCUUCUUCAGCAAGGAUUUUGGAGACAAGAUGGUGUAUCCACUCAUUGCUCUUUUCCUAGGUACCGGAAACCAAACUGCGAACGUCUCGUGUGCUAUUCUUGAGAGGCUGUUUGAUGAUCCUAAUAUGAAGUUGUGGGACUAUGAUCCAGAGACCCUUCUGCCUAAUCUACCUACUAUGGUUACAUUCCCCAAUUUGCACAAUUUCUAUGAAGACUGGAGGAAGGACUUGCAAUCCAAUGGAGUCAAUAUUCGGCUCAAGACAGAAGUGGCUGAGAUCACACAAAGGAACAGUCAAGGUGUCACCAUUCAAACGCGGCCUUAUUUCGACAACAAGCUCGGCAAUAGCACAGUUUCGACAACCAAAACCGAAACCUUCGACGAACUUGUGAUGUGCGUACUCGCUGAUGAUGCACUGAAACUGUUGGGAAAGACUGCAAGCCGAAAGGAGAGAUUUGUUCUGGGCGGAGCCAGCUUCUACGAUGAUAUCACAAUCACACACUCGGACAGUACCUAUUUCAACAAGCACUAUGAGACUGAGUUCGAUCCCAGGCUUUGUGCUGAUCCAAAGUCCAAAGUACAAGAAGAUCAAAUCGCCUUUGCUAAAGGUGAGCAAUGCGGUCCACACGGAGAAGAGAAAGGUUUCAGACCAAUGUAUUACACCAAAUCGUACAAGCAGGACCCAAAGAAGAUCGAAAUGUCAUUCGACUGUUCCAACUACCAACAUCAAUUUCGAGCGAGCUCCGAAAGCGAAGAUUCUGGUGAGAAAGCACAUGUGUAUCAAAGCAUAUUCCUGGACAAACAGCAUGAUGAGCUUUGGACUAUUGGCGAGAUAGAUGAGACGAAGAUCAUUGAGAGGAAGUGGUGGCAUCAGCUGGGACAUAAAUGGCAGCACUAUGUUCGAGUGGUGCCAGGAAUGGUGUUUAUCAAUGGCAAGAACAACACCUUAUUUGCUGGGUCGUGGACCCUAGUGAAUAUGCACGAACUGGCUUGCGUUAGUGGCAUCGCAGCAGCUUACCGCUUAGGAGCAAAAUACACCAAAUUCGAUGAAUUCGCCGAAGACUUCUUCAGCAAGUACCUCCUCCUCUCCCACGGUGUCCGAUUCGGAAAAGAAGAGGAUAAGCGGAAAAAACAGCAGUAGACAGACUGGGAUUCGGGAUGUAGAAAUACAGCCGGCGGUUGAAAGUCAUUGGCGCCUUUAGGGACAUUGGUGAUUCGCCACAUGGUACAAGUACUAUAUAUAGUAAAUAGUUUGAGUUUUUAUAAUUACACUACUGGCAGAGGGGUGACCAUGAAGCUUCAUCCUUUGACUUUUGCAA